AUGCGGGUGGCCACCGGAGCAGCGGAAGAGGAACUGCCCGUCUUCCUCAGCGAUAGCCUCAUUGUCAAAGAUGAAGGUGGAGACAAGGGCAGGGGCUACUACGCUAAGAGGAACAUCUCGGCCGGGGAGCUGCUCCUUAGAGAGGCGCCCCACAUCUUCGACGCGGAGGAGGAGGACUUCGAAGCGCUGGCGGCGCUUCAUGUGCUUGCGGCCGCGGAGGAAGGCCUGGCCAGUUGGGCAGCGGCGGUUGGUUGA